AAUUAAAAAUAAUUCUAAUAAUUAAAAGCUGAACUUGCGGGAACGAGUCCAGGACAUCUCAGCAAUGCGGGGUGACGAGGCGAGGUUGUUGCUAGGGUUUCCUCCUACUUCUCGCCUAACUUCAUCUCAGAUUAAAGCAGCUUACAAAAGCAAGGCAUGGGAGUACCAUCCUGAUCGCGUUCCAGUUCAGGAAAAACCUGGUGCAGAGUCUAAGUUCAAAUUGUGCAUUUGCUGCAGAUUUCAGAAGCCUACAAUUUUCUGCUGGAUGGUUUUUGAAGAGGAAAUAUAUGCCAGGUUCAUUCUUAAUGGGGAACGCAGCAGGAGGUUUACAAUUGUAAAAGGAUUUCCAGCAUGUCAAACAGACACACAAAUUGUACAACUUAGCUGCAUGGUGGCAUUAACAUGGGAUAAGUUGCAUAGAGCUUCAGAGAAUUGCCAUUCAUAUACUGAGUCAGACAUGCUCAUUUGGGUUGUCAUGCUGGAAAGCCUAUCAGCUGACUGGAUUGUGGAGACAGAGAAACAAGCUAUGCAAGAAGAUGUGGAGAUCCUUUAUAACGAGAUGGAACAAUUCUAUGGAGAUGAAAAUGAUCAGUAUGAGAAUGAAUCAAAAUGCAGAGACAAGAGAGAGACGAGAGAGACCUGAAGAGUUGGUCACAUUGGCUGGUGUAGUUGAACCUUCAAGGUUAAUCCUUUUGAUGAUGGUCUCGAUUUUCUUGAUGAUGAUUUGACUGAUUAGUUAUUUAUAUCACAUGAACCAUCAAGCUAGAGUAAGCACUGAAAUCCCUCACAUCCUUGAUGAUUCCUGGAAAAAAGAAGUGGUUUGAUGCUACUGGAGACCACUUCUUGUCUUGUAAUUGUUGCAUGGUGCUUCUAUUUCAAGGUGUUCAUUUGUUGGCUA